AUGGCGUAUGUUGAACCUCCUGCGGCGUUCCAAGGUGCACUUCAUUUUCAGUUCACUAACUCUAGUAGUCACGAUAGACUUGCGUAUCCAGUAUCCCACACCGGUAUCAGUUAUAAUCCAGUCUGUAUUGAUUGGAAUUUCCUUUUGUUACAGGAGGUCGAUGAUGCGGAGCCGGGCGACAAGGAACGAACUGAAGAACCCAGAGUCACGCCGCUGAUAGCCGGAGUCAUCGCCUUGGUGAAAUUAUAUCUCUGCGCAGCUCCACUGGGACUCGAUAGGUUACCUGGGAAUCCACGCUAUGGUCAAUUCUCUGCCGGGCCUUCAUCAGAAGCGUCAAAGAGCCCUGAUGCCGAACGGCUUUCUCUUGAAGAAGGACUCGACAUCGUACACACUGCGCGAGAUGUGAUUCACCAGCUGCCAGAGGAGUUUAACAUGUUCAAUCAAGAUGGAAACCCCCACGAAGUUCCCUUAUCGUUUGCCAUCUCGCGAGCGAAAGUACAUAUGACGAGCCUUUUUAUUGAAAGUAUCAUCCUGGCGACACUAUCAGCCAAUAACCCAUCGUUUCCGCAGAGCAAUCGAGCCGGGAGUUCGACAAGAUCUGAGGAUACGCCCCUCUCUGAAGAAAGCCAGAAUGCUAAUCAUCAGCUAUUCAAUCUUCGCAAGUACAUCGCCCAGCAAUGUUUUCACGUUAUUGCCGUCACACCCGUCUCUGCUCUGAAAGCGAACGGCAUCGCCGUGGUAGGUUUCCCAUGGCAGCUGCAGUGCAUUCGACUGCCACCUGCUGACUCGAUGGAAGAGGACAAUAAAGAAUAUGGAUAUAUGCUAAGUGAUUUCUAG